CCGCCCCGGGCCCGGAUGUGCCGUGACGUCACUGCCGGAAGCGCCUCCCUGCGAUCGCUGCCUGAGGGUGCCGCGGGCGCUCGGUGCCGGCCAUGAGCAAACGCAAAGCUCCCCAGGAGAGCCCCAACGAGGGCAUCACCGACUUCCUCACCGAACUGGCCAACUACGAGCGCAACGUGAACCGGGCCAUCCACAAGUACAACGCGUACAGGAAAGCGGCCUCGGUCAUUUCUCGGUAUCCGAGCAAGAUACAGAGCGGCGCUGAAGCCAAGAAGCUGGAUGGAGUAGGUGCUAAAAUAGCUGAAAAGAUAGAUGAGUUCUUAUCCACUGGAAAACUACGCAAACUGGAAAAGAUUCGGCAAGAUGACACAAGUGCUUCUAUCAAUUUCCUGACACGAGUCACUGGCAUUGGUCCUGCUGCUGCUAGGAAGUUUGUUGAGGAAGGAAUUAAGACUUUAGAAGAUCUAAGAAAAAUUGAGCACAAGCUGACCCAUCACCAGCGAAUUGGGUUGAAAUACUUUGAAGAUUUUGAGAAAAGAAUCCCAAGGGAAGAAAUGCUGCAAAUGCAGGAAAUUGUGCUGAAGGAGAUAAAGAAGCUGGACGAAAACUAUAUUGCUACAGUCUGUGGCAGUUUUAGGCGAGGUGCAGAGUCAAGUGGUGAUAUGGAUGUUCUCCUAACCCAUCCCAGUUUCACAUCUGAAACAUCCAAACAGUCAAAACUUUUGCAUCAGGUUGUAGAACAACUGGAAAAAGUCCACUUUGUCACAGAUAUGCUGUCUAAAGGUGACACAAAAUUCAUGGGUGUGUGUCAGCUGCCAGAUAAGGAAGAUGGAACAGCCUAUCCACAUCGGAGAAUUGAUAUCCGGCUUAUUCCGAAAGAUCAGUAUUACUGUGGUGUACUGUAUUUCACAGGAAGUGAUAUAUUCAAUAAGAACAUGCGAACUCAUGCUCUGGAAAUGGGCUUCACAAUCAAUGAAUAUACAAUACGCCGCUUGGGUGUUACUGGAGUUGCUGGAGAGGCCCUGCCAGUAGAGUGUGAAAAAGACAUUUUUGAUUAUAUCCAGUGGAAAUACCGAGAGCCAAAGGAUCGGAGUGAAUAACCAAACUGCUUGUCUAGGUUUGUAGCCUAGAGAGAUGUUUUCAUAGCUUCUUAUAAACUUGUGAAAAUGUGUGGAUAUUACUUGAAAAACUGUGUAUUACUGAUGUUUAAAGCAAGUUCAUGGCACUCGAGCAGAAUGUGUAGUGAAGAUAAAUCCUGUCAGAUUUCAUUUUCAUAUAGUCACAGAAUAAUGUGGGUUGGUAGGAACCCCUAAAUGUUAUAUGUAGUCCAGGCCAUGAGAGGGCCAUCUUUGACUAGAGAAGACAGCUUAGAGCCCAGUUCAAUCUGACCUUGAAUGUUUCUGGGCUUUGGGCUAGCAGCAUCUCUUUUUGUCUCAUAUAUAUGUAGAUACCAGAGUGAAAAAGCAGGCUAUAUCAUCAAGUACUCCUAAAGAGUACCAUUUUCAACUACUGUUUGUAGCUCCUCAUACCUCUGUUAAGUGUCUUGGUGCUGAAGUGUGGAAUGAGAUGAGAUUUUCCUGUGUACUAAAUUCUAAAAUCUUUCAAUAUUCUCCUGUUGCACGUGACCAAUGGAUUUUGUUACUAGAUAUGUUGUAGUGCUAUGGAUUGCGGUGCUUUGUGUUUCGUUCAACUUGUUCAGCUUGGUCUGAUUAACUGAUGCACUUCUACCACUCCUGUAGAUUCAAUCUGCCCUUUUUAUAUGCAGACCUCUCGAAUCUUAUUUUAUACCUCCCCUUUAAUUGUUGGGAAAGGUAAUGAAGACUUUAGAUGUGAGACAAGGUCUCUUCAAGAAUGCAUUACUAGUUGUAUUUGGGACAGGGAUUCUGUUGGUUAACUUAAAACUUUUAAAAGUAGUAAACUACUAGUUUCCAUGUGUUACAGAGCAUGAGCAUGGAAUGUAUUGCUGCUACUAUAUUUGAAUACCUUGUAGCAGUAAGGCAACUGUAUUACAAAACUGCAAGCUUGAAAAGAUGAGACUUUUGUACAUAGUCAAAUUGGCUUUUGCUAACUAUAUUAGACUUCUCUUGGUUUCUUAAUGCAGGUUCUCUAUUGGCGUCUGUGAGGGCAGAGAGGAUUUUGUAUAGUCAGAUUACUUAACUUGACCUGAAUCAUGAAACAGACAUAAUACUGUUUCUCAUUUUUAUCUCACUUAAGCCUGCAGAACAACUACACUUUUAACUUAUAUGAGGCGAGUUGAUCAAUCUUAGUAAUGGAGAUUGUAGGCUGAUGCUCUUAUCCAUUUAUUUUCUCCCAUUUUUCUUGUUAAUUAUUUUCUGGGAAUGUUCCCUAGUGCUAAUGCAUGCAGUAGUAUGUAAGGAAACUAGAAGUUAACUUGGGACUAUAUGAAGUAUUUUGAUGCCUCAUUGUAAAAAAAUAUAUAGCUGAUAUAUUUAAUAUUUUCUUCAGUAGUCAGGAAUAAACAAUUAAAUAUUCCAUCA